AUGGAAGUUACUGAAGACAAUCUAUCAACUCUGGCUACAUAUUUACAACAGACACUGAACCCUGAUCCAAAUAUCAGAAGACCCGCUGAGAAGUUUCUGGAAGGUGUAGAGGUUAAUCAGAACUACGCGAUACUACUUCUUCACCUCAUAGACAAAGAGACAGCGGAUCCGACAAUCAGGGUAGCCGCUGCGGUGACAUUCAAGAAUUACAUUAAACGGAAUUGGCCAGUGGACGAAGAUGGUGUUGAUAGAAUACAUGCAUCAGAUCGUGCGACCAUCAAGACUCUCAUUGUGUCACUAAUGCUCAAGUCUCCGGAGGCAAUACAACGGCAAUUCAGUGAUGCCGUGUCUAUAAUCGGAAAGUCAGAUUUCCCAGAAAAAUGGCCAGGACUGAUCAGUGAAAUGGUUGAAAAGUUUGCAACAGGUGAUUUCCACGUCAUCAACGGCGUGUUACGUACAGCCCACUCACUCUUCAAGAGAUAUCGUUAUGAGUUUAAAUCGCAGAAAUUAUGGGAAGAAAUUAAGCAUGUUCUUGAAAAUAUAGCCAAACCUCUAACAGAUUUGUUUGUGGUGACAAUAGACUUGACAAACAAACAUGCAGGUAAUGCUCAAGCUCUCAAAGUCAUCUACGGCUCGCUUGUAUUGAUAUGCAAAGUGUUCUAUUCAUUGAACUAUCAAGAUCUGCCGGAAUUCUUUGAGGAUAACAUGCCAAUAUGGAUGCCCAAUCUACUUAAUCUGUUACAAGUAACAGUGCCAUGUCUAGUUGAUGACGAGGAUGACAAGCCCGGUGUAAUAGAGUGUCUGCGUACUGAAGUUUGCGAGUGUGCGUCGUUGUAUGCCCUCAAGUAUGAAGAGGAGUUUGCACCACACGCACCUGGCUUCGUGACAGCCGUGUGGCAUGUACUGUUACAUACAGGACCCAAGGAGAAAUAUGAUGCUGUGAUGUCCAACGCUCUCACGUUUCUGGCGAAAGUCGCUGAGAAGAAUAGUUACAAGAAUCUGUUCGAAGAUCCGGCCACACUCAGUCAGAUAUGUGAGAAGGUUGUUAUACCGAAUAUGGAGUUCAGAGAAUCAGAUAUCGAGUUGUUUGAAGAUAACCCCGAGGAGUAUGUGAGGCGUGAUAUAGAAGGUUCAGACGUGGAGACCAGGCGCCGCGCAGCAUGCGACUUGGUGCGAGCCCUCGCGACACAUUACGAGGAUAAAAUGAUGGCCAUCUUCGGACAGUACGUAGAGAUGAUGCUGUCAAAGUAUUCCUCAAGCGGAGGUAGCGCUUGGAUCAAUAAAGACACGGCCCUGUUUCUGGUGACUUCGCUCGCGUCCCGGGGCUCCACGCAGGCCUCGGGGGUGACCAGGGCUUCGCCCUUGGUAGAUUUGACGUCCUUUGCCGCUACACAUGUAUUGCCAGAACUUCAGCGACCCGAUGUGAAUGAGCUGCCAGUACUUAAAGCGGACGCCAUCAAAUACAUCAUAACAUUCAGGUCACUACUACCUAAAGACUUGAUCGUGACAGCUCUACCAUUACUGAUCCAACAUAUUCGUGGUGGUGGGGUAGUAUGUACGUACGCGUCGUGUGCGGUAGAGAAGCUGCUAGCGGGAGGCCUAGCCACCAAGACACAGCUGGAGCCCUACGCCGGUAACCUCAUGGGAGCCCUACUGACCGCCAUAGACGGAGGACCCACCGCUCACAACGAAUACGUUAUGAAAGCAUUACUUCGUACCCUGGCAAUUCUUCGCGAAGCUGCGCUGCCCUAUCUUGGUGAAGCGUUGCCAAAACUUGCUUCUAUACUUGCUUUGGUUGCCAAGAAUCCUUCGAAGCCACACUUCAAUCACUACUUAUUCGAGAGCCUCUCUCUGGCUGUGUCUUUAGUAGUCAAAGCAAAUCCGAGCGCCAUCACUGCUUUCGAAGACGCACUUUUCCCGAUAUUCCAGGAUAUUUUACAAAACGAUGUAUUAGAGUUCAUGCCGUACGUAUUUCAAAUGCUAUCCCUGCUAUUGGAAUUGCGUGGAGCGUGUUCUGGCGGGGGAGGUGAGACAUACGCCGCCCUCCUGCCUUGCCUGGUGGCGCCCCCUCUGUGGGAACGACCGGCGAAUGUUCGUCCCUUAGUGAGGUUGCUGUGCGCCUUCGUGGCCGUACGAUCGGACCUCGUGCUCAGCUCGGGGAAGCUGAAUGCCAUGUUGGGUGUAUUCCAAAAGUUAAUAGCCUCCAAGACCAACGAUCACGAAGGUUUCUACCUCAUACAGACGAUGCUCUUCAAGUUUGGCGAGUCAGUAAUGCAGCAGUACACGAAGCAGAUAAUAACUCUCCUGUUCCAACGUCUAUCUUCAUCAAAGACAACAAAGUAUGUCCGAGGUCUGAUAGCCUUCCUCGGCUUCUAUUCAGCACAUUUCGGAGCUGAUCCUCUUAUAGACCUCGUGGAUUCAGUACAGGCUAAUAUGUUCGCCAUGUACGUAGAGAGGGUUUUGGUGCCGGAUGUACAGAAAGUUAGCGGAGCUCUGGAGCGGAAGGCGGCCGCUGUGGGAUGUGUGAAGCUACUGUGUUAUAGUGUGCACUUUAGAGAAGGAAGAUUGGCGGGACUGUGGACGAAUCUGUUACAGGCUCUGAUAGCGUUGUUCGAGCUGCCGCCCGACGAGAGCCAGCUGCCGGACGACCACUUCAUAGAGGUGGACGACACGCCCGGCUACCAGCCCGUGUACGCUCAGCUGGCCUGCGCCAAGACGGGCAGCGACGACCCGCUGGCUGCCAUAGAAGAUCCGAAGCGCUACCUGGCGGAGAGUCUAGCGGCCAUGUCCCGGGACUUCCCCGGCGUUCUGCCCCCUCGCGUCAGUUCCCUGGACGAACCUCACCGCAGCGUGUUACAGAACUACCUUCAAGGCUACGGAGUCGCGAUCUGUUGA